AAAAUUGAUGGAAUAAAAAUACUCAAGUUUGUUUGUUGGGAGAUUCGUUAAUAAACAUGACUGAUGAAUGCUUAAAUUCGAUACUGGUCUCUUGUGGAAUAACAAAGCGAAUUCAUAUUAAAAAAGAAUGUUUGCCCACUUGCAUUUUGAUACUGUAGAGGAUAGUACGAUAUUUUACUACGCGUAUUAUAUCAAACAACAAUGUCUAUGCCUAAAACUAUCAAAUGUUAUUGUUAAACCUACUUUAACCAACAAAAAGCCUGUUAUUUAUGAUUUUUCCUUGAUUAAUACAGCUAUAGUAAACAAUAGCUUAGGAUCUUGUAUUUGUCUUGAUGUUAAUAAUACCUCCUUAUCUGUAAAUGAAACUGAAAAUAACCAAUCUGUGAAUGAUAGUACUGAUACCAUAAUUGAACAAAAAAGAAGAUUAAGUAAACAAUGGGAAGAUGAUUUGAAAAAUAGUAUCCUAAAUUUAGAAAAUCUUAUUGAAAAGCGAGUAUCAGAGUUUAAUAUAUGGAAGAAGAAGCUGAUCACACUUAAAAAAAUCUUGUUCUUGUUUAAUACAAUUAUUAUUUCUGUUACAUGUAAAGCAAAUAUAAGACUAAGUUUUUAGAAGUAUCAAAAAUACUUGUUUUAUGUUAUGAUUUUAUAAGAAAAUAAAAAAAAAUAUCC